AUGGUGGGUGUUAGAUUGAAAUCUUUCCAUAUGGUGAUAGGCGGUAUUUUAAGUUUAUGGAUCGUUACUUUCUUUAUUCAUGAAAAGUUAGUUCCUAUUUUAAUAGCUCAAGAAUGUCAUUGGUCGGGACUGAUACUUCCUGAAGGGGUUGAUGAGACAAAGGUUUUAUUCAUAGCAGAUCCCCAACUUAUCGAUAACCAUACUUAUCCCAAUCGAAAUCCUUUAUUAUUGAAAUUGAGUCAACACACAGUUGACGUUUACAUCAAGAAGAAUUACAAAGCAUUGAUGGGUCAUUUACAACCCGACUAUGUGUUCUUCUUGGGUGAUUAUCUAGACAAUGGAAGAUCUUCGGAUGAUGAAUAUUUCAAGUCUCAAUAUGACAGGUUCUUUGAUAUUUUCCAAUAUACCAAAUAUGGAUUUAAGAAAAAUAAGAAUUAUUUUGUCAGUGUUCCUGGGAAUCAUGAUAUUGGAGUAUCUGAUGGGGUCAAAAGACCAUCAAGAGACAGAUUCACAACUUAUUUCGGUAAACCAAAUGAUAAAAUUACUAUUGAUGGUGUGGAAUUUAUUACUUUGGAUACUCCUUCUUUGAUAGCUAAGGAUGAAGGUAUAAAUUACAAUGCUAAUGAAUUUUUAAAUAAUAAUUAUAAACCUGGUAAGGAAAAACUCAAUCCCAGGGUUUUAAUGUCACAUAUUCCUCUUUUUAGAGGUGCAGACAAAACUUGUGGUCCCUUGAGAGAAGCGGAUUUCAGACCCUCCAAAGGAUACCAAUAUCAAUCACUAGUUGAUUCCGACAUCACAACUGAUUUAUUAGAGAGGAUCAAUCCUGAUUUGAUCUUUUCUGGUGAUGAUCAUGAUUACUGUGAUAUCAAUCAUUCUGCUAAUACAAGGGAAAUUACCGUCAAGUCAAUAUCAAUGGCCAUGGGGAUCUGGUAUCCUGGUGUCCAAUUAUUGACAUUUUCUAAUUCCGACAGAUUCGUGUAUGAGACUAAAUUAUGUCUUUUACCCACACCUUACGUAAAUGUAGUAAAUUACAUAAUAAUAGCGGUCAUAAGUGGUUUAACUGUGUUGGUGUGGAACAUCAAGCAACAAAGGUACAAUUAUACUGUUUUACCCGUUCUGAAUAUCAAACCUAAAAACAUCGAUGAUAUGUUAAACAAUGACAAGCCACACCCUUUACCUAAUUACACAUUCAAUGAGAAGCCUACCUGGAAGACCAAAGUGGGAAAUCUAUGGAAGAAAGCUCAAGUGGGUCUGAUUCUUAAACAAAUUUCAUUGUUGGGAUUAGUGGUGAUUUUCAUUUAUAAACUAUUUAUAUGGAGCAUUUGA